AACAGUUGCCAUCCAUUUUUCUGCGUCGCACGCAUUCCCAAAUUAACAAUCGAUCUUCUUUCACAUCAUUUUUAAUUUUUUAGCAAUUUAUAAUUUUUUGUUGCUCAUAUCUUCCGUGAGAAUAGCUCGGCUCAAACCUUUCCACCACCGCCAACUGCCUCAACUCCGCCUGCCGGAGCCUGCUUGAAUCGCGUUCGAAGUUGAGGAAUUCCCUUCCCUUGCCGACGAAUAUGUGCUUUAGGUUACUUUAUUCUUACCUUUCAUCGCACUAGAAUUUAAAUUUUGGGCGUUUUGAUUUUCGUGAAUCGGUUAAUCAAUGGCAAGAGGUACGGCGAAACGCCUCCUUUCUCUUUAUUCCUGCAAGACUAGGAAUUUGUAUGCGGUGAGGAAUUCAGUUUCAGGUCGUUUCGUCCAUCAUUCUCGCCCUGCCCUAGUUCAUAGUGUUGCUGCGCUGCAAAUUCCUAACCAUUUACAGCUGCGGCAGCGCGAGCUCAUUGAAUUCACAAAGUUUGGUGUUUUCCCCUAUUUUCGUGGACAUUGCUUUUGCUCCUUGUCAGAAAAUGAGAAGCUUACCCUUGAUUCAUCUAAAAUUGUUGAAAAUCAAGUCGAAGCGAAUGAUAUUGAUGAAGAAGAAAGAAUGUUUGAGUCUGAAAAUGAAUGCGUGAGCUUGGAGGAAAAGAAGACAAAUUUUGUCGAGAUAGCGCUUAGGGAUCCCUUGGAAAUAUAUAAAGAGCUUAAAGAAGCCCCAGAUUCUAAGAUGCAGUCCCGCAGUGAUUGGGAUACUGUGAGUGAGAUUUGUAGGUGUUUUUGUCAGUCCGGUUGGGCUUCGAAUCAGGCUCUAGCCGUUUAUAUUGGUGCCUCAUUUUUCCCCCUUGCUGGGAGAAAGUUUGGCAGUUUUUUCAAGAAGAAAUGUAGCAAUGAUUUAGUUAAGUACUUGGUAUCCCUCGGCCCUGGUGAUCAAGCUGAUAGGUUCUUGUUCCCAAUUUUCGUUGAGUUUUGCAUGGAAGAGUUUCCUGAUGAAAUUAAGAGGUUUAGGGGAAUGGUGGAGUCUGCAGACAUGACUCGGCCGCACACUUGGUUCCCCUUUGCUAGGGCAAUGAAGCGGAAGAUUAUUUAUCACUGUGGUCCGACUAACAGUGGCAAAACAUAUAAUGCACUGCAAAGGUUUAUGGAGGCAAAGAAAGGUGUGUAUUGUAGUCCUCUUAGGUUGUUAGCCAUGGAGGUUUUUGAUAGGGUGAAUGCAUCAGGGGUUUAUUGUAGUCUAGUCACGGGACAGGAGAAGAAGGAAUUUCCUUUCUCGAAUCAUGUUGCUUGCACUGUUGAGAUGGUAUCAACAGACGAGUUAUAUGAAGUGGCUGUUAUUGAUGAGAUUCAGAUGAUAGCUGAUCCUUGCCGAGGUUAUGCUUGGACUAGAGCAUUACUUGGCCUGAAGGCUGACGAGGUCCAUUUAUGUGGUGAUCCUAGUGUUCUGGAUGUGGUUCGGAAGAUUUGUUCAGAUACUGGAGAUGAACUUGUGGAACAGCGCUAUGAGAGAUUUAAGCCUCUUGUGGUUGAGGCAAAGACCCUCGAAGGAGAUUUGAAAAAUGUGAGGUCAGGAGACUGUAUUGUUGCAUUCUCGAGGAAAGAAAUAUUUGAGGUUAAAUUAGCAAUUGAGAAGUAUACAAAACACCGUUGUUGUGUAAUCUAUGGUGCCUUGCCACCAGAGACUCGUCGCCACCAAGCUUCUCUGUUUAAUGAGCAAGAUAAUGAAUUUGACGUCUUGGUAGCAAGUGAUGCAGUGGGCAUGGGGUUAAAUUUAAAUAUCCGAAGGGUUGUCUUUUAUAACCUCUGUAAGUACAAUGGUGAUAAAAUGGUCCCAGUUCCAGCAUCACAGGUGAAACAGAUUGCUGGAAGAGCUGGUCGGAGAGGCAGUCGGUAUCCUGAUGGACUGACCACUACCCUUCAUCUAGAAGAUUUGGAAUACUUGAUUGAGUGCUUGCAGAAGCCUUUUGAUGAGGUUAAACGAGUUGGCCUUUAUCCCUUCUUCGAGCAAGUUGAGCUAUUUGCAGCACAACUUCCUGAUCUGAAGUUUCCCAAGCUCCUUGAGAAAUUUAGUGAGAACUGCCGCCUUGAUGGGUGUUAUUUUCUGGCCCAGAAUCUGCAUAUAAGGAAAAUAGCUAAUAUGCUGGAGAGGAUUCAGGGGUUAUCACUGGGAGACCGAUUCUAUUUUUGCUUUGCCCCGGUGAACAUCAGGGAUCCUAAAGCAAUGUACCAUCUGAUGAAGUUUGCUCAUUCAUACGCUCAGGCGCUUCCGGUCAAUAUAGCUAUGGGCAUGCCCAAAUGUGCUGCUCGUAAUGAUGCAGAGCUUUUGGACCUUGAGACUAGGCACCAAGUGGUGUCAAUGUAUUUAUGGUUGUCUAAUCACUUUGAAGAGGAACAAUUUCCAUAUAUUAAGAAGGCCGAGUCGAUGGCUACAGAUAUUGCUGAGUUGUUGGGUGAGUCACUUCUCAGGGCAUGCUGGAAACCAGAAUCAAGAGGUGCACUAAAAUCAAAGUCGCAGCAAAAGCAAGAUGGGGGUGCACAAACAUUGAAGGCACAAGAGAAGGAAGAUGGUUAUCAGAGGCCAAUGUCAAUCAUCAAAUUACGUGAACAAAAUAGGCGAGAGAAUUCUCAGACUAUGCAGAAACCGGAGAAAGCAACUGCCUAAAUCCUGGUUAUGAGGCCUCUGCUGUUAGGAACUGUAAAUUCGGAACUGCAGUGGAGUGAUCCUUCUUCCUCAGGUGGAAUACAACAGAUUUGUCAGCGUUGUCAUUGACUUGAGAUCGAUAGCAGCACUCCUCUCCGCUCCAUGCUACGAGCUCUGUUCUUCUAGUUAGCAGUUGCUCCACGAAUUUCAAGGACAAAUUUUAAGUUUGGAAGACUACUCAGGUGAUCUCUUUCAAGUUCAAUCAGUGUCAAAAGGAAGGAUGCCAGUGACUAGAAUUAUGGGGUGAAUCUUUUACUGAUUUAGGGGAAAUUUUGGUGAAUUAAAAGAGUAUUGUUGUGAUCUGAUCAUUUUGAAAUAGGGUUAGAGAAGCAUGCAGCAAAAACCUCUAUUGUAGCAUAGGAACUGCCUAAUUUUAUUUAAGUUUCAGAUUUGACCUUAUUAGAAUUUAUUAUUUAGGUUCUAUUUAAAUUUUGCGUUUGACACUUG